UUCAACAGAAUUCAGGACGACUUGCCGCGGAUAGCAGUGACUCGCUAUUCCCACACACACUCCCCACUCUUUCAACAACAACCACAACCAAAAAUGCCUUCCUCCGUUCCUGAACCCAUCGCCAUCGUCGGCUCCUCCUGUCGGUUUCCCGGCUCGGCCUCCUCCCCCUCCAAGCUUUGGGACCUCCUCCGCCAGCCCCGAGACGUGCGGCGAGAGCUGAACGCCCAGAACCUCAACCUCCAGCGCUUCUACCACCCGUCCGGGGACACCCAUGGCUCGACCGACGUCAAGGGCCAGGGCUACCUGCUGGCCGAAGACAGCCGGCUCUUCGACCCGGCCUUCUUCGGCAUCAGCCCCUUCGAGGCCGACACCAUCGACCCGCAACAGCGCAUCCUGCUGGAAGCCGUCUACGAGACCUUCGAGAGCGCCGGCUACACGCUGACCCAGAUGCGCGGGUCGCAGACCUCGGUGCAUGUCGGCGUGAUGACCGACGACUACCACGACAUCCAGGUGCGCGACCUCGAGAGCAUCCCGCAAUACACUAGCACGGGGACCUCGCGGAGUAUCCUGGCGAACCGGAUCUCGUACGUGUUCGACCUGCACGGGCCCUCGGUCACCGUCGACACCGCCUGCUCCAGCUCGCUGGUCGCCCUGCACCAGGCGGUCCAGAGUCUGCAGCUCGGGGAGGUCAGCUGUGCGGUGGUGGGCGGGGUUAACCUGAUCUUCGACGCCGUCAUGUACGUUGCCGAGUCGAAGCUGCACAUGCUCUCCCCGGACUCGCAGUCGCGCAUGUGGGACAAGACCGCCAACGGCUAUGCGCGCGGAGAGGGCGCCGCCGCCAUCCUGCUGAAGCCGCUCAGCCAGGCCAUCCGCGACAAUGAUCACAUCGAGGGCUUGAUCCGGGGCAGUGGGAUCAACUCCGACGGCCAGAGCCAGGGUAUCACUAUGCCUACAUCGGCGGCCCAGGCGGCCCUCAUUCGGAGCACAUACGAGCGGGCCGGCCUCGACCCCAUCAGGGAUCGGUGUCAGUACUUCGAGUGUCACGGCACGGGCACCGCCGCGGGUGACCCCGUCGAGGCGCAAGCGAUAAGUGAGGCCCUCCUCGGGGAGGAUGCCUCCACCGGCGUGAUAAUAGGCGACGAGAAUUCGCCCCUUUAUGUCGGCUCAAUCAAGACCGUUACUGGUCACCUGGAAGGGUGUGCCGGUCUGGCCGGUGUCCUGAAGGCGCUGGUCUCCAUCAAGCAUCGCACCAUCCCGCCCAACAUGCUCUUCAAUGAGCUGAACCCCAAGAUUGAGCCGUACUACGGUCCCAUGCAGAUCGCGACCGCGCCCGUCCCCUGGCCCAAGCUCGCUCCGGGGGUGCCUCUUCGCGUGAGCGUCAACAGCUUCGGGUUCGGCGGUACCAAUGCCCACGUUAUCCUGGAUAGCUACGAGACUCCAGAACAGGAACCCAUUGAACCCGUCGCUGAAGGCAGUGCGCCACUCGGCCCCAUCGUGCUCUCCGCUCACUCCGGCGCCUCACUCUUGGGCAACGCCGAGGGACUCCUGCAGUACCUGCAGGACAACCCGUCGGUGGACUUGUCGGAUCUCAGCUACGUGCUGCAGACCCGCCGAACGGCGCACCGGGCGCGGGCUUUUUUCUCCUCGUCCUCACAUCAGGGCUUGGUCAGCGGCCUGCAGAAGUUCAUCACCGACAACCAGAAAGUGGCGAAGAAGGACACCAUCGGGAUCCGCCACCAGGCCAUCAACCCCAGCGAGACGCCCGGCAUUCUGGGCGUGUUCACAGGCCAAGGCGCCCAGUGGCCCGGCAUGGGCCGCAUGCUGCUCGAUCACUCCCCGUUGUUCCGGGAGGUGCUCGACAGGUGCGAUGCCGUGCUGCAGGCGCUGCCCGACCCUCCCGAGUGGCUCCUCGUGGACGAGCUGCGCAAGGAUGCCGAUACCUCCCGCGUCGGCGAAGCCGCCGUCUCCCAGCCAGUGUGCACAGCCAUCCAACUCGGUCUCCUAGAGGUACUGUUCGCCAGCGGGAUCGAUUUCGACGCCGUGGUCGGCCACUCGUCCGGCGAGAUUGCGGCCGUCUACGCCUGUGGCAUCAUCUCCCUGGACGCGGCGAUGCAGAUUGCCUUCUACCGCGGCAAAUACGCGGGUCUGGCACAGGGGCCGAACGGGGAGCGCGGCGCGAUGAUGGCCGUAGGGAUCAGCUAUAACGAGGCGCAGCGGCUCUGCAGGCAGCCCGAGUACCAGGGCCGGAUUAGCGUGGCAGCCAGCAACGGCGUCCAGAGCGUCACACUGUCCGGGGACAGCGAUGCCAUCCAGCAGGCCAAGGAGCACUUCGACCGCGAGAACGUGUUCGCACGCCAGCUGAAGGUCGACACCGCCUACCACUCGCACCACAUGCAGCGAUGCGCCGGCCCCUACCUCCAGUCUCUCGAGGCCUGCGACAUCCAGGUCCGCCGCCCGCGCGACGGCUGCUUCUGGAACUCCAGCGUCCGCGGCGACACCGAGCUGCUGCGGGGAGACCUCCAGUCCCUCAAGGGACCCUACUGGGUUCAGAACAUGGUGCAGACGGUGCUGUUCUCGCAGGCGGUGCGCUCCUCGAUCUGGCACGGGGGCCCGUUCGAUCUGGCCAUCGAAGUCGGGCCGCAUCCUGCGCUGAAGGGCCCCACGGAGCAGACCCUGGAGUCCGCCUUCGGCACCGCUCCCUCCUAUACCGGUGUUCUCAAGCGUGGCGCCAGAGAUGUCGAGGCGCUGUUCGACGCGAUCGGCUUUACCUGGGCCCAUCUGGGACCGCAGUUUGUCAGCUUCGCGGGUCUCCGACGCGCCUUGGUGCCGGAAGGCAGUCGACGCUCCCCCAGGCUCCUGAAGGACCUCCCGUCGUACUCCUGGGACCACGACCGGGUCUACUGGCGGGAAUCUCGCAUCUCGGCGCGAUUCCGUAAGGGGACUGAUGUGUUCCACGAGCUGCUGGGCCGCCGCACGCCCGACGACACCGACCGGGAGCUGCGCUGGCGCAACGUCCUCAAGCUCAGCGAGCUGCCGUGGGUCAAGGGCCACGAGAUCAUGGGCGAGCCCUUGUUGCCCGGUGCCUCGUACGUGGCGCUGGCGUUCCAGGCCGGGCAGGCGAUCGCGGCCGGCAGAGCCGUGCAGUUGAUGGAGGUGCAGGACGUGGAGAUCCGGCGGCCCAUUGUGGUGCCGGACUCGCGCGAGGGCCAGGACACGAUCUUCACGGUGCGGCUGCUGGAGAGCGGCGACCCCAAGGUCAUCGAGGGACAUUUCUCCUACUGCUACUGCUCGGACCCCAGCACAGGCGCCAUGGUCCACACCUGUGAGGGCCGCUUGAUCAUUCACCUCGGCGAGGCUGAGGGCGACGAGCUGCCUCCCAGCGCCCCGGCGCCGCCCAACUUGCUCCCCGUCGACAGCGAGGAAGGCUACGAGGUGCUGGCGCAGGCAGGUCUGAACUACACGGGCAUCUUCCAUCGCCUGCAGGACGUCGCACGCCGGCUGGACUUCGCCGAGGCCAAGGCCGAGUGGUCGGCCGAGGAGCUGCGCGGGGGAUACGUCGUCCACCCUGCGUUGCUGGAUGUGUCCUUCCAGAACCUGUUCCACGCCCGCGCGGACCCCAGUGCCGGGAAGCUGCCGACCAGCGUGUUGCCCGUGCAUAUCAAACGCGUGGCCGUGAACCCAAGGAUCACCCUUGGGGCGGAGGCCGGCACCAUCCGCACGGUGACCCAGUCGUUCAUCACGGCCCGCAACGGCCUGUCGCUCAGCGGUGACAUCCAUAUCUACGAUGGGGUGACCGGAGAAGCAGCGCUGCAGGUGGAGGCCCUCUCGGUGAAGCCCAUCGCGCCGCCGACGGCCGAGCAGGACCGCCGGCUCUUCUUCGACACCGUCUUCAUGGCCGACCCGUCGCUCUCGCUGCUCGAGCCGCUGCGUGACCCCGGCGACGUCGAGCGCGAUACCGCCCUCGUGGCCGACAUCGAUCGCGCCGUGCUCUACUACGUGCAGCGGGUGCUGGAGCAGGUGGACCCCAGCGAGGUGGCCGGGCUCUCGUGGUAUUUCCAGCGCAUGCUGGACUGCUUCCAGCACUGGGUGCAGGUGGUCCGCGAGGAUUCUCACCCGCUGGCCCAGAGCGGCUGGCUCGACGACCGGAUCGAGGUCAUCGAGGAGAUCUUCAACCGCUGGCCCGGCCAGAUUGAUAUCGAGAUCGUGCGCGCCGUGGGCGAGAACCUCAUGGACGUGCUGCAUGGCAAGACCCAGAUGCUGGAGGUCCUGAUGAAGGAUGACCGCUUCGGCCGCAUGUACUACGAGGGCUGCGGUUUCGCCGUCGUCAAUGCCGGCAUGCGCAACGUCCUGCAGCAGAUCUCCAACAAGUAUCCCCAGGCCAACUACCUGGAGAUUGGUGCUGGAACGGGUUCCACGUCUCACGCCAUCCUGCAAUCCAUCGGGAAGAGCUUCGACACCUACACCUACACCGACAUCUCCACCGGUUUCUUCGAGAACGCGGCCAAGCGCUUCUCGGAGUUCGCCAGCAAGAUGGUCUUCAAGACGCUGGACGUGGAGAAAGACGUGGUCCCGCAGGGGUAUGCCUUGCACUCCUACGACGUGGUCGUCGCCUCCAACGUUCUGCACGCCACGGGCAGCAUGGAGGUCACUCUCGCUCACGCCCGAUCGUUGCUCAAGCCUGGUGGUUUCCUGCUGCUGGUGGAGAUCACCGGCAUCGAGAUCAUGCGCAUCGGCUUCUGUAUGGCCGGCUUGCCCGGCUGGUGGCUGGGCGCGAAGGAAGGCCGCCGCUUCCACCCCGGCAUGACCACCGAGGACUGGGAUCGCACCCUGCAGGAUACCGGCUACUCGGGCGUGGACCUAGUCUACCACGACCUGCCAGAUGCCGAGAAGCACUGCAUGUCUUUCAUGGUCAGCCAGGCGGUCGACGAGACCGUGCUGCAGCUGCGUGAACCACUGGGGUACAUCAACAGUGUGCCCCAGACCGACUCGCUGCUCGUCAUCGGCGGCCACACCCUCCCGGUCUCGAAGCUCACAACCGCCCUUCAACGCCAAGUCGGACCCUCCUGGCGCAGCCGCGUGGUGGUUGCCCGCGAUCUCGAGGCCGUGGAUUUCUCCCGUCUCUCGUCGCGCAUGGAUGUGGUGUGUUUGCAGGAGCUGGACGCCCCGCUGUUCGCCGCGCCUAUCUCCCAGAAGAAGCUCAAGGCCCUGCAGGCGAUUUUCUUGCGCGCGCGUAACGUCCUCUGGGUUACCAAGAGCCGCCGAGCGGAGAACCCCUAUCAGAACAUGUUUUUGGGAAUGUCACGCGCUAUCUGCAAGGAGCUGCCGCAGGUGUCCAUCCAGUCCUUGGAUUUGGAGUCGAUCACCAAUACCAAUCUCUCCGCGCGGACGGUCCUGGAAGCCUUCGUGCGGAUGAAGAUCCUGUCGGCAGUGGACGAGCAAACGCCCCUGCUUUGGACACGUGAGCAGGAGCUGGUCAUCGAUGGGGACGAGACCCUGAUCGCCCGUCUGCGUCCCAACCAGGAGCUGAACGACCGGUACAAUGCGCGCUACCGCACGGUCACGAAGCCUCCGUCCGGCUCCGAUGCGACGAUCCGCCUCGUCCAACAGGGUGACAAGCUGGCCUUGAUCGAAGCGGACAAUCGUGGUCUCGCUGAUGCUGCUCAGGAUGUGAGGGUGAAGGCAGCUUUCUCGCUGACAGUUCCUGGCGGUAACAAGCAGGAGACGCUCUACCUCACGGUUGGACACCAAGUUGACGUGGGAACCCCGGUGCUGGCCAUCUCGCGUCUUGAUGCUUCUGUUGUGAGCGUGCCGCAGGUGGAUGUCAUCCCGAUUGACGAGACGGCUUGCGACGCACUUGUCCUCGAGAGACUGAGCGACCAGAUUUUCGCCGAUGCGCUGUUGAGCGCCGUCCCCGCUGGGCAGUCCGUCACUUUCUACCAGCCUCGGCGUGGUCUGGCUGCUGUCAUUGCUGCUACGGCUGAGCAGCGCGCGAUCGAGGUGUUCUUUGUGUGCUCAUCCACUACAGACGCAGAGGCUCGCAGUGAAUGGAUCCGGAUCCACCCCCACAGUUCUUCACGAGUCAUUCAAAGCCUGGUUCCUCGCCAGGACUCGAUCUUCGUGAAUUGCUCGGGCUCCACGGACUAUCUCGGAUCCAGUAUCCAGUCCGCGCUAUCAUCUCCUUGGGCAGCAACUGACUCUCUGAACCUGGUCGUCCAGCCUCCCGACCUGACUACUCUGUUCGAUCCCACCAAAACAUACCUGAUGGUCGGCAUGGCCGGUGGGCUCGGCCUGUCGAUCUGUGAGUGGGCCCUGAAGCACGGCGUGAAGCACAUGGUCAUCACCAGUCGAAACCCGAACAUCCAUACCCGCUGGCUGGCGGAUGCACGUCACAAGGGAGCCAACGUGCAUGUCGAGUCGAUGGAUGUCACGGACCGGGCGUCGGUGCAGUCCACGGUGCGCCGGAUCAAAGAUACCCUGCCCCCCAUUGCUGGUGUCUGCAACGCGGCCAUGGUGCUGACUGAUCGCAUGUUCGUCAACAUGGACGCGGACGCGGUCAAUCGCGUUCUAAAGCCAAAGGUGGACGGCUCCAAGCACCUGGACGAGGUGUUUGCCGACACGCCCUUGGACUUCUUCGUUCUCCUGUCCUCUUGCGGUGCAACCAUCGGCACCCAGGGCCAAUCCAACUACCACGCCGCCAACAUGUUCAUGUCCGCCUUGGCCGCUCAGCGUCGCGAGCGAGGGCUGGCCGCCUCGGUCGUCCACAUCGGCUUCGUCACCGAUGUCGGCUACACCACGCGGCAGGAGCGGGCGAUCUGGGAGAUCUUCGCUCGCCUGCAGUUCAAGUUUAUCUCCGAGAUGGACGUGCACCACGCAUUCGCCGAGGCCAUCAUCUCCGGCCGACCGGACAGCCACCGGCCGUGUGAAGUGGGCGUCGGUAUGGACCCUCUGACGGAGCCCCUGCCGGCCGGCCACAAGCCAGCCUGGACCUCCGACCCGCGCUUCUCGCACUAUCUGCCAUCCACCAAUGUCCGCAACGAGGUGGUGGCUCGAUCGGGCCAGGAUGACCUCAAGGAGCGGUUCCGCGAGGUGAGCACCGAAGCCGAGGCUGUGGAGCUCGCGCAGGACGCGUUCUCGGCCAAGCUUGAAACCAUGAUGCAAUUGCCUGCCGGAAGCGUCUCGGUCCAGGUGUCGCUGAUCGAGCUGGGUAUCGACUCGCUCGUGGCCGUGGAGAUCCGUACCUGGUUCCUGCGGGAGCUGGGCGCCGACAUCCCCGUCCUCAAGAUCCUGGGAGGAGACUCCAUCGCUCAACUGUGCACCAACGCGGCCAAACAGCUGCUCGCCCAGCAGCUGGAGCAAACGGCCUCCUCCAAGGCAGAGGAGGUCGAGACCGAAAGCACGACCGUGGACGAGUCUCAGGACUCGUCGCAGACUCCAUCCGAAGCCCCGGAAACCGCCGAAACCAGCUCCCUCGGGGCCGCCGACCAGGAUCUGUCGUCUGCGAGCAGCUCUCCCAGCGUCGUCGAUCCCACCGACGAAAAGGACGGCCACGAAGCCGGGGUGAACGUAGGACAAGACCCCCUCCUCCCCGAUGUGCGACGCGACGCUGACGAUGAUGACUAUGGCCAAGGUAUAAUCGAGAGCGAACGUCUCUCGUCUGGCCAGUCACGGAUCUACAUUCUCUCGCAGUUCCUCAACAACCCGACCGCGUACAACCUCAUGUUCCAGUUCGAGAUUGACGGCCACCUGGACAUGGAGCGCCUCCGCAAUGCGCUCGCCCUCACCAUGCAGCACCAUCAGUCCCUGCGCACGUGCUACUUCGUGCGCGAGGAGGACAAUCAGCCCAUGCAGGGCGUGCUCGUCUCCCCCAUCGUGCGCUUCCGCCAUGUCGCCGACGCGACGGCCGACGACAUCGCCGCGGAGGCGACUUUAGCCAAAACCCGGGUCUGGGACCUCGCCCGGGGCGAGACCAUGGAGAUGGCGGUGCUCUCGACCUCCGUGCAGUCGCAUACCAUCAUUCUUUCCUAUCACCAUAUCAUCAUGGACACCACCGGCUGGCGCUUCUUCAUCCAGGACCUGUCCGCCGCCUACCGCAUGGAGCCCCUCCAGCACACCAGCAAGACCUACCUGGAGUACACGCGCCGACAGUUUGAGCACCAGCAGACCGGCCAGUUUCAGGCGCAGCUGCAGUACUGGAAGAACGAGUACUCGACCGUGCCCCCGGUAUUGCCCUUGCUGCCCAUAUCCAAGACCAAGACGCGGCCCAGCACGCAGGACUUCCGCACCACCUACGAGUGGCAGGAAAUCGGGCCAGAGGUCGCGCAGGCGCUGAAGGCCGCGUGCCAAAAACUGCGGAUCACCGCCUUCCAUUUCCACCUGGCGGUGUUCCAGGUCGUGCUGUCGCAGCUGGCGGGCACCGACGACCUCUGCAUCGGGGUGGCGGAUGCCAACCGGCUGGACGACGACUUCGCCGACACGGUGGGAUUCUUCAUGAACAUGCUGCCGGUGCGGUUCCGCGUGUCCCCGGACGCGCGGUUCGCGCAGAUCGCGCAGACGACGGCGCGCAAGGUGCUGGGCGCGGUGCAGAACUCGGCCGUGCCGCUGGACAUGAUCCUGGACGAGCUGCACGUGGCGCGCUCCUCUGCCCACACCCCCUUGUUCCAGGUCGCCGUCAACUACCGGCUGGGCGUCGUCAAGAAGAUCCCCUUCGCCGGCCACUUCCUGACCAUGGCCGACGUCCAGGAGGCCAAGAACCCCUACGACCUCAGCUUCGCCAUCAUCGAGUACGGCGCCGACGGCUUCGUCCUGGAGAUGGCCUGCCAGGAGUCCCUGUACGACGCGGCCGCCACUCGCACCAUCCUGGACACGUAUGUGCGCGUGCUGAAGGGUGUGGUGGCAAACACCUACACUCCCGUCGCCGACGUGCCCAUCCACGCUCCCGACGCAGUCCUGGCGGCCCUCGAGCUCGGCCAGGGCCCUCGAGUGGACUUCCACUGGCCUGAGACGCUGUCGGAGAAGGUCCAGCUUGCGCAGGAAGCCCAUCGGGAGCAGAUCGCCAUCCGUGAUGGAAGUCAGGCGCUCACAUAUGCUCAGCUCGCGGAGCGGGUAAACGCGAUCGCUGCGGCUCUGCAGGUUGCAGGUCAAACGGCUGACUCCCGGGUCGCUGUCGUGUGUCAGCCCUCGGUCGACUUCACGGCCUCGAUGCUCGCUAUUCUCCAUGUCGGCGCGGUCUACAUCCCGCUGGACGUCAGUCUGCCACCGGCACGGCAUGCGGCUAUCGUCGCCAGUGCGCGGCCCAGCGUGGUGCUCUGCCAUGAGGCCACUCUCGAGCGCGCUGGCCAGCUCGGCGCCGGAGAGGAGAAUCUCGCCUUGCAGGUCAUCAAUGUAGAUGCGAUCGAGGCUGCUGUCAAGGAGACAAUCCCUUGCACUGCACAGCCGCAAUCGCCCGCCGUGCUCCUGUACACGAGCGGCUCGACCGGGAAGCCGAAGGGGGUGGUACUCUCGCAGCGCAACUUUGUCAACCACAUUGCGCUGAAGAUCGAGGCGCUGAAUCUGCGGCCGCGACGCGAGACCGUGCUUCAGCAGAGCUCGCUGGGUUUCGACAUGUCGCUGAUCCAGACCUUCUGUGCCCUCUGCACGGGGGGAACGUUGGUGAUCGUGCCGUACGAGUCGCGGCGCGAUGCGCUCCACAUCACCCGGCUGAUGCACCAGCACCAAGUCACCAUGACCAUUGCCACGCCCUCCGAGUAUCUGACAUGGCUGCACUACGGGCGGGACUCGCUGGCCGAAUGCGCCGGCUGGCGGUGGGCGUGCAUGGGCGGCGAAGCGGUCCAUCGCUCCCUGCUGCACGAAUUCCAGCGGCUGGGCCUCGCAUCCCUCUCGUAUCUAAACUGCUACGGUCCGACGGAGAUCACCGCGGCGGCCACCUUCCACCGCAUCUCGCUGGAGACCGGGGAGGAGGAUGAGCCUGAAUCCCAGAGCACGGUCGGCAAAGCUCUGCCCAACUACGCCCUGCGGAUCGUCGACGCGGCGGGCCGGCCUCAGCCGAUCGGGUUCCGCGGGGAGAUCUGCAUCGGUGGCGCCGGGCUGGCGAUGGGCUACUGGGCGUCGCCGGAAGAGACCGCGAAGCGGUUCGUCACGGACCGAGCAUCGCCAUCGACAAGAUGGUAUUGCACGGGCGACCAGGGUCGAUUGACGGCAGAUGGUACACUGGUUUUCCAGGGUCGGCUGGAAGGGAGCACGCAGGUCAAGUUGCGCGGGCUUCGGAUCGAGCUGGAGGAGGUGGAAGGAGCUCUGCUGCAAGCAGGGGCGUCGCUGUUCUCGACGGUCGUGGUCACCGUUCGAGACGACGUCCUGGUGGCCCAUGCGACGACGGUCGGUGAUCGGACUGGUGAGAUCGAGCCGGCGGUUAUCGCAGACUUGUUGGCGAACCUGCCUCUGCCGCAGUACAUGUGUCCGGCUCAGGUGGCCAUUGUCGACGAGCUGCCGCGCAAUAGCAAUGGCAAGAUUGACCGCAACGCCCUCGCCACCGCGCCGCUUCCUUCGGCGUCUCGUUCUGGUGGUGAUGCCAGUCAGCAUGGUACUGCACCUAAGCUGAGUCUUCGUCAGGGCGAGCUCCGCAUUCUUUGGGAGAAGGUCCUGCCGCCGACCAGGCACGCGCUGACGGCCGAGUCGGACUUCUUCCUCGAAGGCGGCAACUCCCUGCGGCUGAUCAAGCUGCAGCACGCCAUCAAAGAAGCGAUGGCGGUCUCCAUCUCCACCCGCGAGCUGUACGAGGCCUCGACGCUGCGCCAGAUGACCGCGCGGAUCGACUUCCAGCGCGAGCACCAGGUCAUCGAGAACGAGGCCAUUGACUGGGAGGCCGAGACAGCCGUUCCCAAGUCUCUGGUGACCGCGGCGCGGAACGCCAGCAAGCACUCUACCGUCCGCAGGAACGACGAUCAAGCCAUCGAGGUGCUCCUGACCGGAGCCACGGGCUUUCUGGGCGGAUGCAUCCUGAACGAGCUCCUGCAGGACGCUCAGGUCCACAAAGUGCACUGCGUGGCUGUUCUACCUGACGAGCAGAGCCACCUCCCGGCCCACGAUAAGAUCGUGACCUACACGGGGAGUCUGUCGUCUUCGACGCUGGGGCUCAACCCGUCCGAGUGCCUCGCGCUGCAGGAGGCCAUCGACGUGGUCAUCCACGCCGGCGCCAACGGCCACUGCCUCAACAACUACUCCUCCGUGCGCCAGGCUAACGUGCAUUCCACUCAGUUCCUGGCGUCCCUCUGCGCCCCGUCCGCCGUUCCCCUGCUCUACAUCUCCUCCAACCGAGUGCCCUUGCUCGCAGCCAACAACACCGCCCCGGUACCGGGUCCCGUGGCCGCCGAGCCGCCCUCCAACGGCACUGAAGGCUACACGGCGUCCAAGUGGGCCAGCGAGCAAUUCCUGCAGCGGGCCUCGGCGCUGACGGCGAUGCCUGUGGAGAUCCACCGCCCGUGCGUGGUGAUCGGCGACCAGGCGCCGACCUCGGACGCACUGAACGCGAUCCUGCGCUACUCGCUUCAGAUGAAGGCCAUCCCGCGUUUCGCCAACGUGGAGGGGUACUUUGAUUUCAAGCGGGUCGAGGAGGUGGCGCGCGAGUUGACCACCGCCGCUGUCGAGAUGAGUCGUCAUCGCGGCGCAGGGCCGCAAGAAGAAGGGUCUCAGCAGCAGCAGCAGCAGGUGCGCUUCCGGCAUCAUUCGAGCGGCAACAAGGUCGCGUUCCCGGCCAUGGUGGAGCACAUGCGCACGUUGUAUGGGGAAGAGUUUGCGGAGGUGGAGUUUAUGGAGUGGAUUGCGCGGGCCCUCGAGCACGGGAUGGAUCCCUUGAUUUCCAUCUAUCUGGAGAGUUUGGUGGAGAAGGGCGAGACGCUCCGGUUUCCGUAUAUGGGCGAGACGCUGGCUGUUUAG